UCCCCGGGUCCGGCAGCACAUAUCAAAAAUGAUAUAAAAACCCAGAGGGACUGCCAUGGGCGUCUCAUCGUGUUUAGUACAUCACCCGAUAUGGGUUCGUACUCAUCUGAGGUUGCGAUAUGUCAUUUAUCCUAUGGGACUACGUGAUAAGCUUUGAUGAUGAGGUCAACCUGUUCUGGUCCUCAAGACGAUCAUGGAUUAAAUUUCUGUUCUUCGUGAAUCGCUACCUUGGGCUCAUCCUUCGACUUUGGGAUGCUUUGAGCGAACGAUAUGAGCUGAACUAUUCCACAUGCGGAGCAGCGGCUCGGAGAUCAUCUAAAGAAAUCCUCUGUGUAUUCGUUGACCCUGAGUCAAUUAUAUACGUGACGAUACAGCUCGUUGUCAUAGGAAUCAUAUUGAUCCUUCGUGUCUGGGUAAUUACCGGUAAUCAGCGCUGGAUCUUGUGGUCCUUCUUUGGUUUGCUUGCCUGCACUGCGAGCGUUUCUGUGGUGCUCUUCGUUUUAAAUCUUAGAAGCACAGAGGCAACUGUAAUCCACUUCGUACUGUCCCUGGUGUUUGAGGGCACCAUUUUUACUGCUGCAGCAUAUCACGGGAUUAAAGAUUGGCGAAAUCGGAGGUCAUUGCUAUCAUCAGGCGGGGACACGUUGCAGCCCAGCCCAGAGCCAAUAAUGCAACUGAUGUUCCAAGAUUCAGUUAUCUACUUCCUAACUGCACUUUUAGCUCUCCCUCAAGGGGUUACCGGACCGUCAAGCCGGUACACCCGGUCGGUCGGUCGGUUGCCUUCGAGAGGCCUUAAAAAAAAAUUCUAUAUCAAUUUUUUUCUGCACUAAUCAGCUCAAAAGUGCCAUGAGGAAGCAAUAAUUGAUGAAGAAUAAA